CCAGAUAAUAUGAUUGAUAACAAGCAGAAACUAGCCUCAAAAAUAUGCCAAUUCCUGCAACAGAGUAUUGCUGAUGGCACAAUUAAAGCUGAUGAUGCUGAAGGAAUCGAAGUUGCUACUCAGUGUAUUGCAGAGGCAUUUGGGAUUGAUGCCAACAAGCUAGAGCAAGAUGAACAAGGCUCCAAGCCUACAAACUUGCUCUCUAUUUUCAAUGUUUUUCUUGCAACUCAAAAGAAACUGGGAAGCGAUAAUAUAUCUUCUGAACCUCGUUCUGGUCCUACAGAUGCACAAAAGAUGCAGGCUGAAGAAUUCAAGGCUGCUGGAAACAAAUUGAUGGCUGGCAAGAUGUUCCCACAAGCAAUCGAAAAGUAUACGCAAGCUAUUGCUCUAGAUGCAACCAAUGCCGUCUAUUUUGCCAAUCGUGCAGCGGCUCACAGUCAGGAUGGAAACCAUGAUGAUGCAGCUGUGGAUGCACGAUCCUCAAUUAAACUUGAUCCUUCGUAUAGCAAGGGCUAUUCUCGUUUAGGGUUGGUUCUACUUGCAUGGUUAGAUUUUGUUAUUUUUCUAAACUAAUAUUAUUCUAGUCAUGCUCUUUUCUGCGUUGGAAAAUACUCCGAGUCCAUCGAGGCGUAUGAAGGUGGAUUGAAAAUCGAACCAGGAAAUGCUUCGAUGCUUCAAGCUAUUCAAGCUGCAAACGCAAAGUUGGCAACUUCCUCUACUGCUUCUCGUAGUACCUCUGCACCUGGAAAUUCGGACUCUGGAGCAAUGCCUGAUCUUGCUGGAAUGGGUGGUUUAGGCGGCAUGGACUUUUCUGCAAUGAUGAGCAAUCCCAAUUUUAUGAGCAUGGCUGCAAAGAUGAUGAAUAAUCCUCAGAUUGCUGAAAUGAUGAAGAAUCCAGAAAUGGCAAAAAUGGCCCAAAAUAUGAUGAGCGACCCAAAUGCUUUGAGUGGUUUACUCAAUAACCCCAAAAUGGCUGCUAUGGCCGAACAGUUUGGAAAGAAAUAGGUUGCAACCUGUGCAUCCAAACAUUGGGUCAUUGUCUUGAACUUACUUGAAAAUCUUAUGACCCAUGACUUUGGUUUAGUUUGCAGUUGAAGGGAAUAUACAGAUGCAAUAAACUCGUGAAAUAUUGUUUUGUUU